UGGGCUCGCCGUAGAAAGAAAUACGUCAUCGGUCAAAGUUGAAAAGAGAAACAUCAUGGAGACACAGGAGAGACGAAGGACCGCUAAAACACCUAAAACAGGUGGCAAACGAGUCAAAGCACUGACUGCUGAAGAAGAAGAAGCAAGAAGGAGAGAGGUUGUGAAGGAGAAGUUGAGGGAGAAGUUGGAUCUGGAGACAAGAGCUGCGAAGGUGGUGGAGCGUCUGCUGGAGGACUGCGUGGCUGAAGACUUCCUGGUUGACUGUGCAAGGUUCAUAAAUCUUGCUAAUUACAAAGAUGCCAUAGAGGAGCGAUUCAUUGCUAAAAUGUGUGGUUAUCCCAUAUGUCCAAAUAAACUGGACAAGAUCCCGACUCAACGGUAUAAGAUUUCUACUAAGACCAAUAAGGUUUAUGACAUCACUGAGCGUAAGUGUUUUUGUAGUAACUUCUGCUACAAAGCCUCCAAAGAGUUUGAGCUACAAAUAUCGAAUACACCUCUUUGGCUCAGGCAGUAUGAGAGCCCCCCAGAAAUUAAAUUGAUGAAGAGAGGAGAUGGUGGAAGGUUUGGUGAGGAGGUGAUGCUGUCUGAGAGGCGUCUCUUGGAAAAGGACAUCGAGGACCCGCUGGCUGCUCAAUGCGAGGACCCUAAAAGCUCUCUGCAGCGCUCUGCCGCAGCCGACCUCAGCCACAGUGACAGCAGCGACGUCGAACAGGAGCAGGACUUCGUCUCCAGCGUGGUCACCCAGCGACAGGGACCCAGGGUGCACUGGGGCGACCUUCCUAAACGUACAGAUGAAGACAAGAGCGGCGAGCGAGGGAAGACAGCGAGGAGAAAGAAACAGAAGAGAGAGGGAGAUGAUGAUGAGGAGGUUGGAUGUCGGGACGAAGUGAAGGAGGGAGAAAUGGGAGAAGAUGAGAAUAGACAGGAUUCACCUUUAUAUAAAACAGAAGUCAGAACUGACAGUGAAAACCCCAAACAGCUGCACUCAUUAAACUCUAAACCUAAUGGGAGGCCAGAGGAGAAAGGCUUACCUGAGGAACCCAGUGUGGAAGAGGCUACAGCUAAACUGAAUUUGUGCAGUUUAUCUGCGACAGUCUCUCACACUGCUCCCCUACAAGCAGAUCUACUCACCUCUGCACCUUGUAAAGACUCAAACUCCUCAACAGAAGGCAAACAGCUCCCUCCUUCAACUCCGACCAGCCACAACACAGCAGCGACCAGCCAGCCAGACCUCAACAUCACCCAGGUGGGUAUGAGCAAGAGAGGCGCAGCGGGGCUACGAGAUCUACUGAAGAACCACACUGCUGGAGCCAAACCCGAAUCCAUCCGGCUGAACCUCCUCGAGUGCCUGAGGAGAACGUUAAAGGACUGGAGCACUGACGAGACCCUGAAGUUCCUGUACGGCGCUGGCCAUUCACAAGUCUCUCCUUUCGCUGAUGUUAAAGAAGAAAAAGAGGAGGAAGAGGAAGAGCUGGAUGAAGACGACCUUGAUGAUGAGGUGACCGAUGGCGAGGAUGUAGGAGGGGUUAACGCUGGGGUGCAGAAGAGAGCGUCUGCUGCAGCUCCAGACUACGAAACGCUGCGGAAGGAGGGCCAGCAGCUGGAGCUAAGAGUCAAGGAGUUUUAUAAGGGGACCUGGAUUCUGCCUGCGGAGCUGAAUGGAGACGAGGUGACGGUCCAGGACCAGAGCACAAAGGACCCAGUUCUGCCGCUUGUGGACUCUCACGCUCAGCACCUCAUCCAGAAACGAAUCACAGUGGAGAAGCUCACCGGCUGUCUCAGAAACAUUGUUGGUCCUCUGCGUCUCGCUAUGAGUGACGUCUCCACUGACCUGAACAACCUGGUCAGAACAUUCAGGCUCACCAACACUAACAUCAUCCACAAAACUCCGGAGUGGACCCUCAUAGCCGUUGUGCUUCUCCAUCUGUUGUCAGAGGUGUGUCCGGUGGUGCGAGAAGCCUUGGAGGUGCCAGCUUCAGUGGAGUAUUUAAACACGCUGAUGGAGGAGCUCGGCCUACAGGAGCAGGACCUUCUGAACUUAGUCCGGCUGUUUAAAACCCCGGCACACUGACACACGCACGCACACAGCCAGACAUGGACGUAUGAAUAAUGAAUAUACACUCAGGAUCUCCGACUGAAUGAAAUAAAUGUGUGUGUGUUUGUUUUC